AUGUUACAUUCAACCUCGAUUGUCGUGCUGUUUCUGCUCGGUGCUGCUUUUGCAUCAGCACUCCCAGGCGGACUCAACCAGCGGAUUGUUGGAGGAAAGUAUGCCUUCAAAGGCCAGUUUCCGUAUCAGGCGUCAUUGCGAUGGGCCAACGAUGACCUUUUUUGUGGUGCUGUGAUCAUUAACGAAAAGUGGGUUUUGACGGCUGCAUCCUGUGUACCUGGACCACUUAUUCCUAGUAUCCGCGUUGUGGUUGGAGCACUGCAGCUAAGAGGGGAUGGAACAACACACCUAAUAUACGAUAUAAUUCCUCAUCCUGGGUUCAACCCGGUAACGCACGAAAAUGAUAUUGCACUCAUUAAGCUAGUUGAACCAAUCAAGUUUUCGGAUAGUGUCAGCAGUAUCAAGCUGGAGAAAGAUUUCUCCAACGAAAACAAAGCUGGGGCUCAAGCUUCCGGAUGGGGCUAUACAACGUAUGGUGGACCCAAAUCAAGCCUUUUACAAUGGGUUGAGCUGAACAUCCUCACGCUGGAGGAAUGUCGCCAAAAACAUACCGCGGAGAACGCAAGGUUUGUUUUCAACAGCACUAUCUGUACUUUGAGUGACGUUGGCACCGGAAUGUGCUAUGGUGAUGCUGGUGGCCCCUUGACACACAACGGAAAACUACAGGGAAUUGUAUCGUGGGCAAUACCUUGUGCGAAAGGUUACCCCGACGUGUUCAUGCGUGUUUCGUCGUAUUAUUCAUGGAUAACGGAAGUAACGGGUUUAGAUUUUGACUAAAUCGUUGUUUGAGUUGGUGUUUUGGGUUACAUUUGUUAUAGAAUACGUUUGUAUGAAUAAACGUCUCUCGAUCAUU